UUUUAAAGUCGGUUCGGGGAUAAUUAGGAUUUCGAGAAAGCGAGCUGGUGUGGUAACACUGUAGUUGUAUAGUUAGAAGAAGCAUAAUAACGCCUUUACCACAGCGUGCUAUGCGCACUAAUGCUAGCAUCGUCCCCAAACGCUAGCUUCCCGUCAGCUAGCGAGCCGUGGUCGUUGCUGUUGUGAAGUUAAAGCUGCUGUGUGUAAAAGCUGCUUCGGUGAGGGGAACGAGAGGAAAACGCAGGGAACAAAAAAGGAAAAGAAACGAAGGAAAUCCCCCGAAAGGAAAUGCCAAUCGCAGCCGCUGGACAGCCAACGACUCAGGAGCCUCGAGUUUGCCCCCGGCUGCCCUCCACCCCGGAGCCUGUCCCUAAAGGGGCUGAUUUAUUCGACGAGGCGGGGGCGACAGAGUCUGCGGAGCGAAUAGAGUACGGGGGCGCGGAGGGGGGCAGAGGACUCGGGGGCUAUAGUUACAGCCAGAGCGGCGCGAGGGGCUUUGUACAGCCCGGAUCUACCAACGGCUCUCCGCCGCAGUCCCCAGUAGCGUCCUCCUCUUUUCUCUUCCACUCCCUUCACCCCCACCAAAUGACCAUGGAACCUCCAAGGACUCGAUCUCGCUCACGGUCUGGAUAUUAUCAGUCCUGCGGUGUUGGGAAUGGCAGUGGAAUGACCGGCAGCGCAGUUAUGGUAUCUAACCACCACCACCAUCUCCACCACCACCACCAUCAUCAGCAGCAACUACAUCCACAGCAGCAGAACGGUGCCGCUUGCGCACCACUUGGAACUCACAGCAGCCACUCGGAGAACCAGCAGCGAGCCCCAGGAAGUAACGCCUCUCCCGGCAUUCAGAGGCUGUCUUCUGUUCCCGGAGCGCACCGCAUCCCAGCAGCAGGAGCCUCUGGUGGGUCCUACCACUGCCACCCAGACCAUGCGUAUGGAGAGGAGAGUGAUAAGAGUGAGGAAAGCCCCAGUCCAAAGCGCCAGAGGCUGUCCAGUCAGUCCGUCUUGGAACAGCUAACCUCAUCGGCACCCCCACCAUCCACCCCUUCUCCUCCCAUCCGCCCCUGGGAAUCAGGACCCCAAAGUCGGAGACAGUCUCAUCCUCACUCACACUACCACCAGGAGAGAUGCCUCACUCCUGCCCGGCACAGACGCAGUCCACCAGCAAGGCGUCAGCGUGGCCGUCUCUCCAGACCCUCUCGCCACCUGCCUCCUCAUCACCACCCCCCCACCCAAGGCCCCAUAUCUCGUCUGUCACCAUCCGAGCUCCAGGAUGAAAACUACCACCACAACCCCCAUCCAUCCACUCCGCAGACAUACCCAACACACACUCCCAGCGCCUACGGUCAGCCUCCCACGUCUGGGGGUGGAGGGGUAGGUUCAGAGGAACCCCGAGCUUUCCAUCCCCCCAGCCUAUCAUCGCGACUACUGCACCCGGCCACUCACCACCAUCACCACCACCAUCAUCAGCAACAGCAUCAUGCAACGCAACAGCAACAAGGAGCUAUGGUUAUGGAUUUGCAUGAACAGCUGCAGCAGGGCACUGUACCUGUCUCCUACACGGUGACCCCAGUCCCUCCUCACGGUCUCACAGCGCCUUUGUGUAGCAGUCAGCAUCUUCCACCUACCUGCUCCUCACAACAACAGGUCCCCGCCUGCAGCGUGGUCUUCAGCACUGGACAACACUACCACCCGAUGAUACAGGCAUGUUCAGUGCAACAUUUGCCGGUGCCCUAUGCCUUUCCCUCACUGCUAUCCAGUGAUCCUCAGUUCCUGCUUCACCCUCCACCUCACAUGUCUCACCACCCGCCCCACCUACCCACACCCGGACAGUUCCUGCCUUUCCAGACACAACAGCCGCGUUCGCCCUUACAGAGGAUUGAAAAUGAGGUUGAGCUUCUGGGAGAGCAGCUUUCAGUGGGUGGAGGUUUCAGCUAUGCCCACCAUCACCAUCACCACCAUCACCACCAGCCGCCCUCUGCUCUGGCGCCUUCAACACCGCUCCAGUUCCUUUCACACCACGACCCCCUGUCACAGGAGCUUUUUACAGUGCCCUAUCCUCACUUUAUGCCUCGGCGAUUCACAAGCCGGCGUUACCGUUCUCAACAGGCAGUGCCCCCAUCUCCCUACCACCCCAGCUUCCUGCCUUACUUCUUGUCCGUGCUUCCUAUGCCUCCAAAUGUGGCCCCUGCUAUCAGUCUAGAACUGGAUGUGGAUGAUGGAGAGGUGGAGAACUACGAGGCCCUGUUGAACCUCGCAGAGCGUCUGGGAGAGGCCAAGCCCAGAGGUCUAACUAAAGCAGAUAUAGAACAGCUUCCAUCAUACAGGUUCAACCCCAACAACCAUCAAUCUGAGCAAACACUGUGUGUGGUGUGCAUGUGUGACUUCGAGUCACGCCAGCUUCUGAGAGUAUUACCCUGUAAUCACGAGUUCCACACCAAGUGUGUAGACAAGUGGCUUAAGGCUAACAGGACCUGUCCUAUCUGUCGAGCCGAUGCCUCUGAGGUACAACGGGACUCUGAGUGACCUCCUAUAAAUAUCCACAAUCUCUGACUCCCUGUUGGAUGCACCAACCAAUCAGUGAACUUCCUUACCCCUUUACCACAAGCCUUUGCUUACACAUAACUGGGACCAGUGCUCAUUAAUCCUUCACUCUAUCCCACCAAACACUGAAUGGUAAUUCUCACCUGGGAUCAGCAUUUAUAGAAGUGUGGAGACGUUUUGCUGACUCGUGCUUACUUUAUCACUGGACUUCAUAGGCCUUCCGUUUUUGGACUAUUAGACCCUGCUACCCUGCCUUCUUCUGAUGGUUAACGCUCACUAUAAAUGGCCUUUAACAACACACCCACGACACAGUGUCAUGUGCAGGUGGACAUAUAUGUACGUAUUCAAAAAAAAAAAAAAAAAAUGGCAUUAUGAACCCUUCUGAAUUGUGAACUGUUAAGUUCUGGUAAUGGAGAGAAGAAAAAGCUUAUUUGAAAACCACCUGUAUAGUUGUACUAACAAACACUGAGGGGGAAAAUUGGCAGUCCAAAGAUUAUAUUUUCAUUUUGUUCUUCUGGUUAUAAUUAAGCAAUCCCAUUUUUGGUGUGCAGAGACUGUCCUUUUUAACUAGACUCAUUAUAAUUGUGCAGCAGAAUGAGCCAGUUUAAUUUCUCUGUGUGUAUUCUUGCAUUCCUUGGUGUCAGAGCAGUCUGUAUAGGGUGAAACAAAGAUACUGUACACUGUGUGACAAAGAGUGAGCUACUUUGGAACAGUGAAAAAAUACACUUUAUUUUCUCUA